AGAAGGUAAUAGGCAAAUGGACAGAUUGCAGGCGCGAACGCAGAUAGGAUGUGGGCAGAGAAGUGAGAAGUCGCCUUCUGACCUCUCUCUUCCCUCUGACGCUCCAUCUCUGUAAAAUACCCACUUUUGCCCCUAUCCUUUGGUCAAAAUCCUUCCUUCCUGACUCCUUCAACAUCCUGGCUCAUAUAUAUUCAACCACCAAAAGGAGAACUUUCUUUUAUUUUCAUUAUUUGUAUUUCUGUUUCUGUUUUUGUAUGACACCCAGAGAACAGAAUCCCUUUGCUGUGAAAUUCGGUUCCGGGUUUUAAGAUGUAUGAGGAAAGUCCGAAUUUUGUUACACUUGAUUGCGGUGGACCAUUUGUUGUAGAUUAUUUAUUCAUUAUCAACCUUCUUCUCCCUUUGGGUGCAUAAAGAUGCCUGGCAUUGUUAUGGAAGAAAUUAAUGAAGAAAAGGUCGUGAAUGAAGUGAAUGGAAAUUCUACACCUAUUAAGGAAAAUUUAGUUGAAAUGCCUGGCAUUGUUAUGGAAGAAGUUAAUGAAGAAGAGGUCGUGAAUGAACCGAAUGGAAAUUCUACACCUGUCAAGGAAAACUUAGUUGAAAAUAAGUUGCUGGAGAGUACUACGAGUCAAAGCCCUCAGAAUGCGGUUACCGAUCUCCCUGUUGACGGGGUUGUUGAGACCUCGAUUGAGCAGCUUUAUGAAAAUGUAUGUGACAUGCAAAGUUCUGAUCAAUCACCCUCCAGGCGAAGCCUUAGAUCUGAUGGUGAAGAGUCUAGGAUUGAUUCAGAGUUACGUCAUCUAGUAGGAGGGGAGAUGAAGGAGGUGGAGAUAAUCGAAGAAGAGGUAGUUGAUAAGCCAGGCAAUGAUUCUCGGAGCAAUUCUUCCCCUAAGAAGGGAAGUUCAUCUACUGGUAAGAAGUCAGGGAAGAUGGAGGAGAUCCAGUCUGCGAGUACGAAGUCUGUUUCUCCAGGGCAUUCCAAGAAAUCCUCUCGCUUGCAGUUGAAAUCUGAAACAUCAUCAAAAUCUAAUACUAAGGGAAAAAGUCCCGAGAAACCGCCUACUGAGAAGCGGAACAAUAAGAGUUUGAAAAAACAAAACACAGGUGUCACUCCCCUGAAGAAGCAGCAAACCUCGACUUUGGGAGGGUCUAAGUUACAGAAUGGACCUCAGGAUUCUACUGAAUCAGAAUUAGCAAAUCCAGAUCUGGGACCCUUCUUGCUUAAGCAAGCAAGGGAGUUGAUUUCUUCAGGGGAUAAUCCCCAGAAAGCCCUUGAAUUAGCACUUCGGGCAGCAAAAUCAUUUGAAAUAUGUGGAAACGGGAAACCCAGUUUAGAAUUGGUCAUGUGUUUGCAUGUUACCGCUGCAAUAUACUGCAGCUUAGGCCAGUACAGUGAGGCAAUUCCAGUUCUUGAGCGUUCAAUUGAGAUUCCAGCAAUUGAGGAAGGUCAAGAGCAUGCUCUUGCUAAAUUUGCGGGUCAGAUGCAACUCGGUGAUACUUAUGCAAUGCUUGGCCAGCUGGAGAAUUCAAUAAUGUGUUACACAACGGGAUUGGAAGUCCAGAGACAGGUUCUGGGAGAAAUUGACCCAAGAGUUGGUGAGACUUGUAGGUAUUUGGCUGAGGCUCACGUUCAAGCAUUGCACUUUGAUGAGGCUGAGAGGCUUUGUCAAAUGGCACUAGACAUUCAUAAAGACAAUGGUUCGCCUGUUUCUCUUGAAGAGGCAGCGGACAGGAGGCUCAUGGGUCUUAUAUGUGAAACAAAAGGAGAUCAUGAGGCUGCACUCGAGCACCUUGUUUUAGCCAGCAUGGCUAUGGUGGCAAAUGGCCAGGAAGCGGAAGUGGCUUCUGUCGAUUGCAGCAUUGGGGAUAGCUACUUAUCUUUGUCUCGGUAUGAUGAAGCUGUUUUUGCUUAUCAGAAAGCACUCACAGUUUUCAAGACCACCAAAGGAGAGAAUCAUCCAGCUGUUGGUUCAGUCUUUGUCCGUCUGGCUGACUUGUAUAACAAGACAGGUAAACUAAAGGAAUCAAAAUCAUACUGUGAAAAUGCCCUCCGGAUUUAUGAAAAGCCCAUCCUUGAGGUCCCUCCAGAGGAGAUUGCAAGUGGACUCACUGAUGUUUCUGCUAUCUAUGAAUCAAUGGAUGAGCUUGAGCAGGCACUCAAAUUGCUACAGAAGGCAUUGAAGAUAUAUAAUGAUGCCCCUGGUCAGCAAAGUACAAUCGCCAGCAUUGAAGCCCAGAUGGGGGUCAUGUACUACAUGUUGGGGAAUUAUUCUGAUUCUUACAACUCCUUCAAGAAUGCCAUCUCAAAGCUUCGUGCAAGUGGCGAGAAGAAAUCUGCCUUAUUUGGAAUUGCUCUCAACCAAAUGGGCCUUGCUUGUGUGCAGCGUUAUGCUAUAAAUGAGGCUGCAGAGUUAUUUGAAGAAGCCAGGAGUGUUUUGGAACAAGAGUGCGGACCAUAUCAUCCUGACACGCUUGGGGUUUAUAGCAAUCUUGCUGGCACGUAUGAUGCUGUUGGCAGGUUGGAUGAUGCGAUUGAAAUUUUGGAGCAUGUUGUUGGAACAAGGGAGGAAAAGCUUGGGACAGCAAAUCCUGAUGUAGAUGAUGAGAAGAGGAGGUUGGCUGAGUUAUUAAAAGAAGCAGGCAGAGCUCGGAACAGAAAGGCCAGAUCACUAGAGACCCUUCUUGAUUCCAAUCCUCCUCAUAAUAUAAACAAUGAUUGCAUCGAGGUAUGAUGAAGAUGUUUAUGGCUUCAGGUACGACUAUGGUGUAUUAUAUGGCUUACUUAUGUUCUAAGAAAAGAAGAAAACGAAGGGUGGGGGUAUCAAUCAGAUUCCUGUUGUGGGUUGAAUCUAAUAAUUUUGGGGGCAUGGUUGUAUUAUUGGUCCAUACUCCACAGAUUAUACUGGUUGAACGUAAUAUUAUUUGUAAUACACCGUUGAGGUAAUUAUGGUAAA